AUGGAUCAGCUCAGAGAAGUCGAGCGCCUUCAACAACUCAUCGUCCGCCUUGCGUGGGUACGCUUCAACUCAGCUCAGCAUCACCUGCUGUCUUCAUGUGCAACAGGUGUAAAGACACUAAAGGGCGCUUCCAUUCUAUGCGAACGUGGUGACCGGCCACAGUCCUGCGCACCCAUUAGCACAGUGGACUAUGUGGAGCCUCAUUUCACUUCAAAUACUCUUGAUCCAGCCCUAGCAGUCCGAACCCUGUCAGACUAG